AUGGCGGCCGUGCCGCGGAACAACCUGGGCGAGCAGCUGCGGCGGCACUGCAGCCGUGGGGCGCGGGGCAGGCCGGGGCUGCCGGGGCCGCCGCACCGCGCGGGGGGCUUCACCUUCAAGAAGCGCUCUCCCGCCGGCGCCCGGCCCGCGGAGCCGCGGGGUCUCUGCGCCGCCUCCGCGCUGAGGGACAAAGACGUGAACACCUCGCUGGCCGCCUCCCCGCUCCCUGCCUGCAAGGAGAAGAAAGCGCAGAUCCAGGAUUUCUUCCCUGCGGGGCCGUGCGGACGGGCCCUCCCGCCGGGCCGUGCCCGCCCGGCCCCCGCCCGGGCCCCGCCGGCAGGCCCCGCGGCCUGCGGGGAGCGCAGCGCGCCCGGCCCCGCGGCGGCUCCCGUCGUCGUCGUAGAGGAUGAGUGGGACGAUAUCGACGACUUUGAUUUGUCGGGAAUCGAUAAAUACUGCCGGGGGCAGGGCCCCGCCCGCGGGGCUCCCCGCAGCGCAGAGCCCGGCCCGCAGCAGCCCCCGGGCCGUGCGGGGGCUGAGGAGCUGCCCCGCUCGCAGGGAUCCCUCCUCUGCCUGGGGGGCCCCGCGCAGCGCGCUGCGGGUGAGGAGGCUCCGCGGGAGAAGCCGCCGGCUGGCGGGGUCUGGGACGGUGGCACCGAGGGCGAGUCUCUGGCAGCUGCUGCUGACAGGGGUGGAAUCCAGCAGGCGGGCUGGGCUGGGACAUGCAGCCCCCCGGGAUGGGACCAGGCUGACAUCCAGCCCUUCCCUGGCACUGAGCUGGAAGAGGAGGAUGACCUGGAUGUUGUUCCACCCUCCCCUGAGGAAGACCUACCUUCCAUCUCACCAUCUGUACAGAGCAUGAGUCAUGUUUUCAAAGACUCUCCUACUGGUGGAAGAUCCCCAGCCAGCAGUGGUGAGUCCAAGCCUGGGAAGGUUGUCACAGCCCAGCCUGUUGCGGAACGUGAUCCGAGUGCAGAGGAUGCAGGCAGGGGCCUGUCCCUGGAGCCCCUGCAGGAGGUGAUGGCUGCCAUCUGCCAGCUGGUGGAUGCCAUCCCACUCCACGAGCUGAAGGCUCUGUCCUGUGCCAGAGAGCUGCUCCAGCAGAGAGAUCUCAGGAGAAGGCUGCUCUCUGGCUCUGCCCCCUGCAACAAAAGCAGCACAAACAGCUCUACUCCCAAGGACUGGCCAGGGUGUGUGGAGCAGGGCCCUGCUGCAUGUCCCAGCCCUGCCCUGAGCUCUGGCCCCAGCUGGAGCUCCGGUUCUGGCAGAAACGCACCCAAACCCUCCAGCCUCCCCUUGGUGCCUCCUGGGACUCUGAAUUCAAGCAGUUUUUCUACCCCGAAAAAUCACACCUUGGGUAGCUCCUACACUUCAGAGCGAAGCAUUGAGGAGAUCACCUGCUCAGACACAGCAGAGCUGUCUUCUCCCAAGGUCCAUGGCCGAGAGGGAGCUUCCCUCAGGUUUGGCUCUGAGAUCUCCUUCAGCAGCAGCUGCUGGGAAAAGCCAGGGGUGAGGAACAGUGGCAACCUGCUGGAGAGGCCCCUGACAAGCACAGCUCUAAGGGAGCAGAGCAGAGCUCCCACGGGCAUUCCUGCAGGAGACAGCUUAGGUGUCAAUGAUACAGACUUUGACCUCGAUCACUUUGACAUCGAUGAUUUUGAUGAGGACUGGGAGAGUUCGGUGGAGGUUUCAGCACCCAAGGUGACGUCUGGGCUGUUGUACCAGCCCCUCAGGGAAGGGCCACCUGCCAAAUCCCUCCUGUCAAAGAUCAUGUCCAGAGCCAAGGGAUCUUCUGUUGUAUCAAAUUCUGCUGCUCCAAAAUCAAGCUGCUUGAUGGCAUCAAAGAACUAUGCAGAGCCCCCAGUGAGUCACCCUGCCCUGGAGAGGUUCAGGGGUAGGACGUUCUCCCACUCGGAAGAAAUGAUGAACGUGUUUCACAAGAAGUUUGGGUUGCACUGCUUCCGGACCAACCAGCUGGAGGCCAUCAACGCUGCCCUGCUGGGGGAGGACUGCUUCGUCCUGAUGCCCACAGGAGGUGGUAAGAGCCUGUGCUACCAGUUACCAGCCUGUGUCUCUGCUGGGGUCACCAUUGUUAUCUCUCCACUGAGAUCACUGAUUAUAGAUCAAGUUCAGAAACUGAAGACUCUAGAUAUUGCUGCAACUUACCUGACUGGUGAUAGAACAGAUACUGAUGCUUCAAAAAUCUAUAUGCAAAUGUCAAAAAAAGAUCCUGAGAUAAAGCUACUGUAUGUUACUCCUGAGAAGGUCUGCGCCAGCGGCCGCCUGAUGUCAGCCCUGGAAAACCUCUAUGACAGGAACCUCCUGGCUCGGUUUGUCAUUGAUGAGGCCCACUGUGUCAGCCAGUGGGGCCACGAUUUCCGACAGGACUACAAGCGGCUGAGCAUGCUCCGCAGGAAGUUCCACUCUGUCCCCAUGAUGGCCCUCACUGCCACUGCAAACCCCAGGGUGCAGAAGGAUAUUCAGAACCAGCUCGAGAUGCUAAAACCACAGGUGUUUACAAUGAGCUUCAACAGGCAUAACUUGAAAUAUGACGUGUUGCCCAAGAAGCCCAAGAAGGUGGCCAUGGAUUGCUUGGAAUGGAUCAAAAAAAAUCAUCCACAUGACUCUGGAAUCAUCUACUGCCUUUCCCGUCACGAGUGCGACACGACGGCCGCCGUCCUGCAGAGGGAGGGUCUGGCUGCGCUCGCCUACCACGCCGGCCUCACCGACGCCAACAGAGACCUUGUACAGAAGAAGUGGAUCAAUCAAGAAGGAUGCCAGGUUAUAUGUGCAACAAUUGCCUUUGGAAUGGGCAUUGACAAGCCCGAUGUGCGCUACGUUAUCCACGCCUCCCUCCCCAAGUCCCUGGAGGGUUAUUACCAGGAGUCGGGCAGAGCAGGGCGGGACGGGGAGGUGUCUCACUGCCUGCUCUUCUACAGCUACAGUGAUGUCACCAGGCUCAGAAGGCUGAUACUGAUGGAGAAAGAUGGAAACAGCCACACAAGACAGACCCACUUCAACAACCUGUACAGCAUGGUUCACUACUGUGAGAACAUGGUGGACUGCCGCAGAAUCCAGCUUCUGGCUUACUUUGGGGAAACCAACUUUAACCCCACCUUCUGUAAAGAUCACCCAGAAGUAACCUGUGACAACUGUAGUACGAAGAAGGAUUACAAGUCAAGAAAUGUGACAGAUGAAGUGAAGGGAAUCAUAAGAUUUGUAGAGGAGCACUGUGGACAAAUGGGGCAGACAAAGAGAAGCUCAGGCUCUGGCAGAUACACACUGAACAUGAUGGUAGACAUUUUCUUAGGUGCCAAGAGUGCCAAGAUUCAGUCUGGAAUAUUUGGGAAGGGAGCUGCUUACUCAAGGCAUAAUGUUGAAAGACUGUUUAGAAAAUUGGUCUUGGACAAGAUUCUGGAUGAAGACUUGUACAUCACAGCUAAUGACCAAGCAGUAGCAUAUAUCACUCUGGGAGAGAAAGCUCAGGCUGUGCUGAAUGGAUCUCUACAGGUGCAGUUCCACGAGACAGAGAGUGCCAGCGCGGUCCGGAGGCAGCGGGCAGCCGUGGCAAAGGUGUCCCAGCGGGAAGAGAUGGUUAAGAAGUGCCUUGGGGAACUUACAGACACCUGCAAAACGCUUGGGAAAGUCUUUGAUGUGCAUUACUUCAACAUUUUCAGCACUUCAACUCUGAAGAAAAUAGCAGAAACCCUGUCCUCUGAUGUGGAGGUUCUGCUGCAGAUUGAUGGUGUCACAGAAGACAAACUGGAAAAAUAUGGUGCAGAAAUAAUCAAAGUGAUGGAUAAGUACUCUGAAUGGACCACACCAGAAGACACUGCCGGCCAGAGUGUGGACACGGGAAGCACCGUCACGCCUGAGAGUGAUGAAGAAGCAGAAGAUGCAGUUACAACCUCCAGCUAUUUUUGCAAUAAUGGAAACCAAAGAAGGAAAAGGAAAAGGCUGCCAAACUUCAGAGAAUCAAAGAGGAAAAAGACAAGCAGUGGUGGCAGCCAGCAGUUUCAUCCCAAAGGGGGUUACAAGUACAAAAGGACCAAAAGGCCGUUUAACUCAAAGGCUCCAGCUUCCUCUGGCCACCACUCAACAUCCUACAGUGUCAGUGCCACGCAAGUUGCUGCUGGGAAGCUGGGGAUUAUGGCACCACCAAAACCCAAAGCCAGGCAUUUCCUCCAGCCUUCAUACUCAGUAUUGUAACUAGGAAGAUGUAAAUACUGUAUACUGGUGAACCCUGGAGAUGUAAUAAUUGUUUGUUAAAUUUUUGUUUCCUUUGCUAAACCUUCUGAGACUUGUACAUUUAUCAAGUGCAAAAACCUCACAAUAAAUAAAUAUUUUUAAAC